UUUACACUUGUAUUCAAGUGGUCCAUGAAGAAAAGUAUUUAAAUACUUAAGGUAUUCUUUACAAAUAUGCAUAACAGACAUUUCGUCUAGGCAUAUAGAAUCUUACCGUACAAUUAGAUUAGGUAACUUAAAAAAAAAUAUUAUUUCACAACCUUUGAAUGUGAAUACUCUAAAUCUAAAAAAUAGGUAAUCCAGGAUAAAAUUGACGAAAGAUUGAGGACAAUAAUAAUUAAAAGUCAUUGAACUGUGAUGCCAUUGUUGUGUGAAUAUUGUCAAUCCUUCAACAUUUCGAAAACAGUAGUGUUAGGAUAAUAUGCAGGUCCUUUUUCUCUCCUUGACAACCGAGGGGACGCUUCACUAUAUACAAACUAUCGUAGACUGCCUAUCUCUGAACAAAAAUACACGUGCUAUGACUCUUUUGGAAGUGAAUUGUUUGAUCAAUUCGUUAAAUAAAUCGAGAACACGCUAUUGUUUAAAAAAAGUGUAGCAUGCGAUCUCAACCGUAUCGGUUUGUAUCUAUUAUACGCUUGGCAUCGCAGUUUUGUUACGAAGUCAGAAAUAGAAGGGUCAUUUAGUAUAUUUAUUAAUAAAAAGUAACAGAAAAAAAAGCGAAACAAAUAAUGCCAUCAUUUUUAUUAAGUUAAUAAUCACGCAGACUUAAGCUCUCUUCCUUAUAUGAGGGAUGCAAGUCCUGUUAUUAUUAAAAGAUGUGCCCUUCAUUGUUUUUAGUGUUGUGAUUGUCCUGUUUUUCAGUCGUGUUACUAGCAGUGAUAAAGUUGCAGAUGUUAAUAAUUUUUCUCAAUUAAAGCAAGGAAUGGAACUGGUGAUUUUAUCGGUUGAUCGUCACGAUAGGUUGCCGAAAAACUACCAUUUGGAAGAUUUUUUUUGGACAGGGUCCGGUGAUGAUAGCACAGAAACUGAACAACGGAAUGAUAAUUUAAAACCCCACAAUAAUAAUUUACCAACAAAAUCGACCACGAUAGAUUUUAAUCAGAAUCAACCAGAUUCAAGUACGAAAUGUAUACCAAUUUGUGAUAAUUCUGCAACAGAUGAUCAAACUGAUAUUGAAUAUAAUAUAACAUUGAAUGAAAACGAUGUCGACCAUCAAUUUUGGUUAAUAACAGUUUUGGAAAGUGACGGUAAAAACCUUAUUUUAACAGAUCUGAAGGACAGUUUGGAAAAACUGUACAAAACGGCAUUUAAUCGCCACCAGAAACUGCAUUUGGGCAUAAAGGAUGACCGUCAUAAAAGGGCAACACAAAGCGAAGAAGUUGUUAAUGUACAUAUACACAACAUUUCAAAAAUGAUAAAUGAUGGAACUGAAAGAAUCGAAGUAAUUUAUCACGUAUCGGUUUCUGGUAAACCAGUAAUAGCUGCAACUGCAGCAGAAGACAUGAAGCUUGUAUCAGAUAACGAAAUCGUCAAUGAACUCGGGCUUUCCCCGGUCAUAAAAGCUGAGCCUUACCUCAAACCAAGUCAGCCAGAAUAUUUGGAAACUGCAAAGAACACUUGGCUCUUCAUUGGCGCUGCUUUAUCAAUUUUAUUCCUUCUUCUUUUACUAGCUACCUUACUCACCCUUAGCUUUAGUAAAAAGAAAAAGACGGGUCUAGGGAGUGCCAAUAGAAGACAAGUGUUCGAACAUGGAACUGUAGGAAGAGAAAGUGAUAAUAAGAGUUUCGUAGUUUCUGAAGCUGAUAAACGAGGAAUUGCAAACGAAGGAAGAAAGCUAUCCUCUUCUUAUGUCAACUACAAAGACGAAGCAACAUUAACAAAAACUUUUAAGAGUACAGGAAGUAUGACCAGCAGACCAAACAGUUGUUCCACUUCUACAGUUAGUAGUAGUGACAGUAGUUUGGAUAUAUCACCUCUGGUGGUAGCUCAAAAAAAGUUAAAAAUGCAAAUGAACAAAAUAAAUGUAUCUAGACCAAAAGGGGCCUAUAAUAGAACAGCCCCGUUUGAUGAACAUGUUGUCAGGUCCAAUUCCACCGAUAGUAGUGAUACAACUGAUUUUAGUACCAGGGAUUCAGUUGACACUGUUUUAGCAGGAACAGGUGGACAAGAGUCUGCUAUUCUAAGUGCUAAAUCAUACUUAUCUAUGCCUUCAGUAAAAUCAUUUCCUAGAAGUAAUGUUCCUGAUUCUUUGAAUAAAAUUUUGCAACCAGUUAGUGUGCUUCAUUUAGAUUUGAUGGAUGAUAAUUAUGAAGAGAGGGUAGAAAAACCGCAGGGCUUUUUUAAAAGUAAUAGCAUGAGUGCUAUGGAGGAUCCAGGAGUUGUUGGACCUCUGGUUUGGGAGCUUCAUCGUAAAGGUUUGCAGGAAAGUAAAGAAGAAGAUUCUAACGUGGGAAGAAAUGCUGCUGUUAUGAGGAAGAGGUUUCAUGAUUUAUUGGACGAUACGUUUUCCCUGUUUGGAAAUCGAAGAGGAAGUUUAGCAAAUCUAAAGAUUAUGAACACUUUAUCAGAAAGUAAAAGUAGAUCUGCUGCAACCAGCUCUAAAACUCAAAAUGCAUUAAACCAACCAGAAGACUUCAUUAAACCAAGACCAAAAACCUCUUAUGGCAGAGCAUCUCGCUCUUCAGAAAUUACCAAACCGAAAGGGGCUUGGAAUAGUCACACUCCGUCACCCCUAACAAGGCCAGUUAGUGCAGGGAUCCUCAAAAAGCACCGACCACCCCAAGUGGACGUUGAUCAAAUUUUAGCAGAAGGUGCAUUAAAGCCGGACGAUCCUGCUCUAACUCUCAUCAAUUCCAUUAAAACAGAAAUAAAAAAAUGCUCGUUACCAGGAAGCACAGCAAAUUUAGUAGAGUAGAUUCACCUCUCUUCUUUUGAAAACAAAGUUUCAGAAAUUUUUCUGGAAAAGCGAGUAUAACAUGAUGUCUUCUCAUAUCAAUGCAUGUUAAUGCAAACUGUUGUGUUAUACCAAUUUCAGUUUCUUACAAAAUAUAUCUAUAAGUUUGAUGAAAUAAUAAAUGAUUUCUGUCUUUUAUUCAAA